AAUGGCAGAGGAGGAGAUUGAAGCUGAAGUAGAGAUCAAAACUACGGCUUCUAAGUUUCACAUGUUCGCGAGAAGACCGCAACACGUCUCCAAAGCCACUCGUUACAUUCAGGGAUGUGAUCUGCUCGAAGGAGAGUGGGACAAAGUUGGAAGCAUACUCUUGUGGAAGUUAAUAGUUGAUGGAGAGCCAAGAGUGUCGAAGGAUCGGAUCGAGGUGAUGGAUAUGGAGAAGAAUAUGAUUCAAUGGAGGGUUUUAGAGGGACCUUUGAAGAAAGAGUACAAGAGCUUCUUGAAAACGAUGAAGGUGAGCCCUAAGCAUGGAGGGAUUGGGAGUGUGGUGAAGUGGAACAUGAAGUAUGAGAGGAUUCAUGAGAAGGUGCCUCAUCCAGAGAGGCUGCUCCAGUUCUUCGUUGAAAUGAUUAAGGAGGUUGACCAAUACCUCUUGUGUGAGGAAUAAUAAGGGACUCUUUUGCUUGGCUUGAGUGUUAUUGUGUGUGUGACGAGUCCUCUUGUGUAUUGUAUGUCUUUCUCAGUAAUGUAAUAUCUCUAAA